AUGGCUAAAUUUAUCAAGAUGGAAGACCAGAGAAUCUUUCAGAAACAACAACACAAGGAGCACCCGGUGAAUGGUAACAAGAAGGAGGGGAAACGUCAGAGGGGACAUACCACUGAAAGCUGCCAAACUCUCAAAGAUGAAUUGGAGAAGCUGAUCUGUUUCGGACACCUCCGAGAAUUCGUGAAAGAAGAAUCUGCCCGUGCAGGACACUCCCCCAAAAAGACACGGAGAAGCCCGGAACGUACAAAGGGGAAAGGCGGUCACUCACGCAACCGUUCUCGUAGUCCCUCAAGACACAGAUCCCGUAGUCGGCCUAGCGAGUGGGAUCUCACAGUAAAAGUGUCAAUGCCUGAUAUAACCUUCACAGACAGGGAUUUUCAUGCACCAGAUCCUGACCAAGACGAUCCUAUGGUCAUCACAGCCCGCAUUGCACAAUACGAUGUGGGCAAGGUCCUUGUAGACCAAGGCAGUUCGGUCAAUAUACUAUACUGGACAACAUUCCGAAGAAUGGAAAUUGCAGAAGACGUAAUUGCUCCGUUUAAUGAGCAAAUUGUUGGCUUCGCGGGAGAAAGAGUAGACACCCGGGGGUAUCUCGACUUACGAACCCGCCUGGGGUCCGACGAUGAUGAUAGAAGAACUAUAUGCACCGUUCGGACAGAUCAGAAAACCGCCCGUCAAUGCUACGUAGUCGGUCUAAAGGUCACGCCUUACAAAAGUGAAAACCGUACUAAAGCCAUUCUGAUCGACCUUGAUCCCAGGACCAAUACGGGCGAGCGGAUUCAACCUCAAGGCGAGAUAAAGCCUUUCAUAGUGGGCAAGAACGAACAACAGACUACAUCCAUCGGGGAUAACCUUCAGCCAUUUGAAGAAAACGCAUUGAAAGAGUUAUUAAAAGGCAACAACGACCUGUUCGCUUGGAGCGCAUCGAAUAUGCCCGGAAUCCAUCCCAGCGUCAUUGCGCAUAAACUGUCGAUAUUCCGAGAGGCCCGACCGGUGUCUCAAAAGAAACGACGGUUUGGUGAUGAAAAACGGGCGACCAUUCGAGGUGAAGUAGAUAAGCUCCUCAAAGCGGGAUUUAUACGAGAAUUGACCUACCCUACCUGGCUAUCUAAUGUAGUCAUGGUAAAAAAGGCAAAUGGACAAUGGAGAAUGUGUGUGGACUUCACUGAUCUCAAUAAAGCAUGCCCUAAAGAUUCUUAUCCUCUCCCCAAUAUUGAUCGGUUGGUAGACGGAGCUUCCGGACACACUGUUCUAAGUUUUUUAGAUGCAUACUCGGGGUAUAAUCAGAUCCCGAUGUACGCCCCGGAUCGAGAAAAGAUGGCCUUUAUUACAGAGCAGGUCAAUUACUGCUAUGAGGUCAUGUCGUUCGGUUUCAAGAAUGCGGGCGCUACUUAUCAACGCCUAAUGGAUAAAGUCUUCCAUAACCAGAUAGGUCGUUGCAUGGAAGUAUAUGUUGACAAUAUGGUAAUCCGAAGUCACACGCAUCAAUAA